UCAGUAAACAACUGUAUUCUCCAGCACCAGGUCUUAAGAAAACGAAAAAAUGGGCGGAGAAUGGAAACAUGGAACAUUUGACUGCUCCCAUGACAUGGGAAACUGUUGUAUGGGUUGGUGUUGUCCCUGUGUCCAGAUUUAUACUAAUGCUGAGAAACUAGAUGAGAGUGGAAUUCUUUGCUGUUUACUGAGUUGCAUUGCCCCGUGUAUUCCUAUAUUCAUGCUCCGAAAUAAAGCGAGAGAAAUGAACGGAAUUGAGGGUUCAACAGUUGAGGACGCUUUCUUGUCCUGCUGUUGCGGUUGCUGUGUGAGUGUUCAGACCGCCAACGAGGUACAGUAAGAAGAAGAUUUAAAUGUUCUCUGGUUAAAAACAACUUCAUUCACUUACAUAAAUUGUAAUUUGUAAUCAAAGAACUGGAUAAACUUAAUAAACAUUUUCAAUUAUA